GUCCAGGGAAAGACUUGCUUGGAACUUUCUGAAUUCUUGGAUUUUUUCCCCCCCACUUUUUCUUACUUUCACUAAGGGUUACUAUAGUCUGAAGUGUCCUCUCCAAGGCCACAAAAAUUGACAAGCUGCACUUUUUUCUUCUGCUCAAUGAUUUCUGCUUUAAGCCAAAGGACUGCCUAUAAUUUCACAAAGAAUGUCUUCUAAUGCGGAUACUGGGGAUUUACAAGACUCUCUAAAGCUCGGAUUUCCACCUAUUGGUGCUGGGCUUCCGGACGCACGCCGACCCCCCACCCCCGCCCGCGGCCGCCUUGUCAUGCUGCCCAAAGUGGAGACGGAAGCCCUGGGACUGGCUCGAUCGCAUGGGGAACAGGGGCAGAUGCCGGAAAACAUGCAAGUGUCUCAGUUUAAAAUGGUGAAUUACUCCUAUGAUGAAGAUCUUGAAGAGCUCUGUCCGGUGUGUGGAGAUAAAGUAUCUGGGUACCAUUACGGCCUUCUUACCUGUGAAAGUUGCAAGGGGUUCUUUAAGCGAACAGUCCAAAAUAAUAAAAGGUACACGUGUAUAGAAAACCAGAGCUGCCAAAUUGACAAAACCCAGAGAAAGCGUUGUCCUUACUGUCGAUUUCAAAAAUGUCUGAGUGUUGGAAUGAAGCUAGAAGCGGUGAGAGCUGACCGAAUGCGUGGAGGAAGGAAUAAGUUCGGGCCAAUGUACAAGAGAGACCGGGCCCUGAAGCAACAGAAAAAGGCACUCAUCCGAGCCAAUGGACUUAAGCUGGAAGCCAUGUCUCAGGUGAUCCAAGCAAUGCCCUCUGAGCUGACCAUCUCCUCCGCAAUUCAGAACAUCCAUUCUGCCUCCAAGGGCCUACCUCUCAACCACGCUGCCUUGCCCCCUACAGACUAUGACAGAAGUCCCUUUGUGACGUCCCCGAUUAGCAUGACAAUGCCGCCCCAUGGCAGUCUGCAAGGUUACCAAACCUAUGGUCACUUUCCUAGCCGGGCCAUCAAGUCUGAAUACCCAGACCCCUACGCCAGCUCUCCGGAGUCCAUCAUGGGCUACUCCUAUAUGGAUAGUUACCAGACAAACUCCCCGGCCAGCAUCCCACAUCUGAUACUGGAACUUUUGAAGUGUGAGCCAGAUGAGCCUCAAGUCCAGGCCAAAAUCAUGGCUUAUCUGCAACAGGAACAAGCGAACCGGGGCAAACACGAAAAGCUGAGCACAUUUGGGCUUAUGUGCAAAAUGGCUGACCAAACCCUCUUCUCCAUCGUUGAGUGGGCCAGGAGUAGCAUCUUCUUUCGGGAACUUAAGGUUGAUGACCAAAUGAAACUGCUUCAGAACUGCUGGAGUGAGCUCUUAAUUCUCGACCACAUUUAUCGACAAGUCGUCCACGGGAAAGAAGGUUCCAUCUUCCUGGUUACUGGGCAACAAGUGGACUAUGCCAUCAUCGCAUCGCAAGCUGGGGCCACCCUCAACAACCUUGUGAGUCACGCACAGGAGUUAGUGGCGAAGCUUCGUUCCCUGCAGUUUGAUCAGCGAGAGUUUGUGUGUCUGAAAUUCUUGGUGCUCUUUAGUUUAGAUGUCAAAAACCUUGAAAACUUCCAGCUGGUUGAAGGUGUCCAGGAACAAGUCAACGCUGCCCUGCUGGACUAUACAAUGUGCAACUACCCGCAGCAGACAGAGAAAUUUGGGCAGCUACUCCUCCGGCUACCAGAAAUCCGGGCCAUCAGCAUGCAGGCUGAGGAAUACCUCUACUACAAGCACCUGAAUGGGGAUGUGCCCUAUAAUAACCUCCUCAUUGAGAUGUUGCAUGCCAAAAGAGCCUAAAUUCCAGGCCCUGGAGCUCUGCUUUCAAAACAAAAAGAUUGGAAGGGGAGGGAAAAAAGAAGUAGUAAAAGGAGGAAAAAAACAAAACUCUGAACUGCUCCAAGCCAUGCUGAUUGCAAACUUGGUUUAAAGGGAUUGCAUUUAAAAAGGCAUAAUAAUCAAAUACUUACUAGCGAAUAAAUGAUGGAUCAGGGUAUUUGUAUGGCAAACUGUGAAUCAAAGGCUUCACACCAUACCCCCCACACCCGCCACCUCCAAAGGAUUCCAGAGAAGACAGUGAUGGAGCUGAAUAAACUCACUGAUGGAUAUCAACACCUGUCAGAACAAAAACGGAUCAAUGAGUUCUUGUAUAUUUAACUGAUCUCUGUUGUGAAGAAAUUUCAGGACUGAUCUGUGUUGUUAAUUAGGCUUACCCAGCAGGGGAUUUGUGCUCCCUGAAUUCCUCCCUGGUAAAGCAGAACUAAAAUGUUUCUCAAGAAUCCAUCAGCUAAGCCUAGAAUCGCCCUGCCCUGUUCCUUUCCAGCCCAGGAUCCAGCACCUUCUGUCCUAGGAUCACAGAAUCUGUACCAAGGAUCAUGCUUGGCCCGAGCCCAUAGUUGCUCCACCAAAUCACAAGCAGCCUCAUUUGGAAUGUCUGUGUCUUAGACCUACAAACAGCUCAGAAAAACAGUCUAUUCAUGUUAGCUUGCCAUUUUAAAUAUGUUCUGGUUUGUUCUGUCGUGUGUUCAUAACGUUGAAAAGAAAAAAAAAAAAGCAGGCAGUAUCCCUCUUCUGAUCCUCUGGAAGCAUCCAUUCCUGUUUAGUGAAAUGACUGCAAACUUAAAGCAAAUGUUCCGUAGCUAAUGCGAGUUGUUUCUGCUCUUGUUACUGAAUGUGGCUUCAGUGUUGCUGGGCUUCCUAACAAUUUCUAGCCCCAAGGCUUGGUGGGAUACACCAGUCUUUUCAGCCAUCCACGUUUGUUGUUCAUUUAAAAUUAAAACCUGACAUCUAGGCUGCAGGGAUGUCAAAUAGUCACAGUAGUUUAAAAUGCGACCAAAGCAUGUUAAGCCAUGCAAAAAGAAAGGAUGAACUGAUAAAUUGACCCAAGUAUGGUCCUUGUGGCAUCUGAACAUCCCUUAGAGAUCAUUAUUUUGAAAAAAAAAAAUCACUUGUAGGGAAAUUGUGAUUUUUAUAAAUGGCCUGGAAAGACACCAAAGUAACUCAAAUCUUCCCCAAAGGGAACAGAAAGAGAGUAAUACUGACCUUUCUAAGUCAAAGACCAAAGUCUGCUAUAGAACAAAUAUUAGAGGACAAAUCAUUGCAAAACUAACUCUCCAAACGGCACUAUCAGUAUUAUGAGCAUGCAAGCCACUAGGAUGGAAAUCUUGCCUUAUUUCACAAUUCUAAAAGAUAGAUGUGGAUCAACAUUUGUUUAAAGUAUUAAAACCUUUAAAAGUCAAAUGCAAUAUAGUGUUUACAUUGUUUAGGUCCUAAGGAGGGGAGGGGGGAAGCUGUGACUUCACAAAUAGUGAAAGCAGUAAUUUCCCUAAUGUUAUUUUUCGGAUUGGUAAUUAUUUUUAACAGUACUUAAUUAUCGUAUGUCGUGAGACACUAAAAUCAAAAACGGGAAUCUCAUCUAGACUUUAAUUGUUUGGAGAUGAUCCAGCGGCACAAUCACUUGUAGAAACUGUAAAAAAUAAAUAAAGUAUCUCCUAGUCCCUUAAAUUUUUUUUCAGAAAUGUUUCUGGCUUUUGAAUAGUUUAUUUAUAUUGUAUAUCAUAGUUUCAACUGUAGACAAUUAUGAUGCUAAUUUAUUGUUCCUCGGUUUCACCUUUGUAUAAGAUAUAACCAAGACUGAAGAAACCAAAUAUAUGUGUUUACUGUAGCAUGUCUUCAAGUUAGCGAACAUAGUUCAGGGAUAUCAUAGAAGGGUCUUAAUAAAUGGAAAAACAUCCACUUGAUUCAAUGUCUGUAAAUCUUCAUAAUUCUGACUGUAGUUUAUUUAAUAUCUAUUGUAAAUUAUGUGACGUGUAGCUUCCUGUUUUCAAGUAAAAUUUUCAAGGAUGGAAUCUUACCUGGUUUUCCUUUCCAAACAUUGUAAGUUGUAUACCAAAGAUCUUAGUUAUUACUGCUGUGUGUACAAAGAGAAUAAUUUUAAUAUUUUUCUUAAUCACCUCUAAUACUUGUCCACAUGAAGGGUACACAUUAGCUCAGCUGGUCGAUCACAGUACCUGACCUAGACUCAGCCACUCAGUUAUCCUCAUGGUUCAAAGGACAGGGGAAAAAAAUCACUCAUCCGAGUUCACAUCCAAAGCAUGAACUAGACUGGCAGUCUAGACUAGCCUUGCAGUCUCUAGCUGAAGGCUGAGAGCUUAGCAACAGGUGGAAAGGAUGGUAUUGGCAACAGUCAGUGAAAUCGGUCCAGCAUGAGAGGAGGUGGGAACACAGGGGCAAUUAGGAGAUGGGAGGAGAGUUAUGUGGUGGGUUUUUCACAUUCAGCCAAGAAUCCCAAAGACAUGGAUGGUAGAAGUCCAUGUUUGAAAUAGACUGAGCUCCCACUGAAGAAGUUGCACCAUGAGGACAGGUAGAAAGAUGGACACCGCAGGUGACAUCAAGGACAAGCUAGCAGGCAAGAAUGCCACAGCUAGUCUGCAAGGCAAGUGGCUGGAGUGUUCAUUGGUAACCCCUGCGUGACCGUGCUCAGCAACAGCCUUAUCAAUGACAGGAUUCAUUAAUCGAGGCAAACCAGAAUAGAUAAGGGACGGGUUUGAGCUGCGUUUGUCAGCUCACAGCCAGUCAUGUCUGAAUGUUUGUGUUCCAGAUCUCUUGCCAUUACCUGGGGUCUGAGUCCAGGCAAUGUUUAGCGUGUGCAGUCCAGUUACUCGUUGGCGUUUUCUUACUGUAUCAGUGACUUACAUAUUGUUUUGUCAGUUCUUGCCAGGAAUUUCUCAACAAAAUGGAUUUUUUUUCAGUAUUUCAAUAAAUAUUGAUAUGCCCAGCC